CGACGGAAGUGGCGAGAGCUGUGGAGAAGCAGCAUUUGACGGCUUCCCCGGCGUGGGGACGGGGCGGUGAUCUGCAUGUGAACGGGAUCGUAGGGCUGAGCGGACGGUGGCGCCUGGCUUCUUGGGAUCUCUGAGAUGGCUAAUACAGCAACUGAGAAUCCAGAGCCACAUUCGGAUUUCAAGGGAGAAUCUAGAAUUCCCAAGGUGGAUGGGGAUUAUCCAAUGAAAGUUCUUUAUUGUGGAGUGUGUUCAUUGCCAACAGAGUACUGUGAAUACAUGCCAGAUGUACCAAAGUGCAGACAGUGGCUUGAAAAGAAUUUCCCAAACGAGUUUUCAAAACUUACAUUAGGUAGUUCUCCUAAACAGGAAUUUGUUGGUGAGGGCCUAGGGCUAUCUGGUGAGGAAGAGGAGAAGAAAAAACAAAAACGAGGUGGCAGAGGACAAAUUAAACAGAAGAAGAAAACUGUACCACAGAAGGUUACGAUAGCUAAAAUCCCUAGAGCAAAGAAAAAAUAUGUGACAAGGGUAUGCGGUUUAGCCACGUUUGAAAUUGAUCUCAAGGAAGCACAAAGAUUCUUUGCUCAGAAAUUCUCCUGUGGUGCCUCAGUGACUGGGGAGGACGAAAUCAUCAUUCAGGGAGACUUCACAGAUGAUAUUAUCGAUGUAAUACAAGAAAAGUGGCCAGAGGUUGACGACGAAAGCAUUGAUGACCUUGGAGAAGUAAAGAAGUGAUCUAACAUCGUGCCUGUUACAUUCUAGACAAUAUAGCCAAAGUGAGCGAGGAUUCAAAGAGCUUUAUGUGUCCUCAGUCAAACGUUACUAUCCCGUUCAUGGCAUCUGCCCCACUGUAGAAAGCAACCCUUUGGUUUUUAUUUUUAAAUGCUGAAGUUAAGGUAACCAAGUUCCUUCAUGCAAGCGCAUGAUAUGUGUUUAGAUUAAUAAAAAUGGUUUUGGUCAUUA